AUGCCGUCUGGCAUCGAUGGACGUCGUAAAACAGCCUGGCAGGCAAUCUGUCACCACCAGAGUUUUCUACAUCAAGAUGCACCACUGCACUCAUGCAGCGCGAGGGUGGGCACGUGGAAGUGUGCUGGCAUGUAG